UUUGUGUGCGUCAGCGAGCGCAACACCGGUGAUCCCCCCACAAGGUCAGCCCAUGUGAGCGAGUAGUUAACUGGCGGAGGUUCUUCAACUGGCGCGGCAUACAGACGGUGAUUUCCCCGUUCUUCAGUCGGCUAAAGGUGAAAACAUGGCCCGAGGAAGUCGCAGCCGGUCCGCGGCUCCAGCUCCGGCUCCGGCUCCAGCUAGCCCAGCUCCAUCCCACGCUCCAGUCCCUGCUCACCCACCUGCCACCUCUCUGGCUCCAGCUCAGUCCCAGGGGCCGGGCCUCAUGGCCCAGAUGGCUACUACCGCUGCAGGGGUGGCUGUAGGCUCAGCUGUGGGUCACGUUGUGGGUAGUGCUCUUACAGGGGCAUUCAGUGGCGGCAGUAGCAGCAGCACGGAGCCAGCCAAGCCAGCCUAUCAGGAGCCCCCCCGGCCUCCAGCCCAGCCCCGCCCCUGCCACUUUGAGGUCAGACAGUUCCUGGACUGUGCCACAAACCAGAGCGAUUUGAGUUUAUGUGAAGGCUUCAGUGAGGCUCUCAAACAGUGCAAGUUCUCGCACGGUUUGACGUCCCUGGUAUGAGGAAGCACAACUGUCAUGAUGGGAUCAUGAACGCUGGACCUCAGGCAGUGUUGACUCUGUUUUUUUGACCGAGGACAGAAAUACUUGAUGUACAGUAAUUUGUGUUCAAUAAAAAUUAGACCAGCGUA